AUGCAGCCUCUCGCCAUCGGAUUCAUCAAGCUAUCAUUCCUGUUCUUCUACCGCCGGAUCUUCUUUGUAUACAACUCUUUCCAGGUCGUCUCGUUGGUACUCGUUGCGAUUACAGCUGCAUGGAUCAUUGCCUUUUUCUUCGGCUUUACCUUUGCAUGCGGCACCAACUUCGCCACAAAUUGGGCAUCACUUGCCGAGAUUGGAGAGAAAUGCGGAUUUGGCUUCAUGGCCACCGUUGUUUAUGCCAUCCUGGAUGCCGUCUUGGACUUCAUCAUUCUGGUCCUGCCGUUCCCCUGGAUCUGGAAGCUUCAGAUGCCUGCAAUCCGCAAGUUGCAGGUGUGUGGUGUAUUUAUGCUUGGUGGUGUCGCCGUAGCUUCAGCAAUAGUGCGCAUGGUCAUUUGCAUUCAGCAAAGCACGCCUUCAAGCGCGCUUGAAAAGGCCACUGUCAUGGGCAUGCCACCAUACGAUAUAUUGGUAUUCAUGCACCGUACUCAGAGGGAUGUGUUUCAUGGCUGUUUCUAA